AUGGGAACAGGAGGAUCCGCAGCUUACGAAGAACAACUAUCAGUAUCACAGCCCGAACAAAGGAGCGGAAUGACAGGUAGGGUGUCUACGUUUUUCUCAGCCAUAUCGGUCCCGCGGGACAUUGCAGCAUUCGCGACAGAGAACCCCAUCUGCGCUGCUGGGUCGGAGAAGAAAUUCCCGUUCAUGUUUUGCGGCACCCAUGAUGGGAGUUUGAGGAUGAGGGCGGCGGUGGUGGAGAGUGCAUCACAGGUACCUGUACGGGUUUCUGGGGCACUGGAUGGUGCAGUGGAGGGGUUUUGGCGGGGCACUCUCCUAAAUACCACUGGCCAAUCCGCUUCCCAUCAUGACGCCCUCACCAAUCCCCUCCUCCUCCUCAAAACUAGGUCAAAUCCAACGGACCCCUACGAGGUCCACUUCUCCCAAAACCCAUUCCGCCCGGCCAAUGGAGGACCUGUGGUGCCAUUCCAACCGAUUUUUGUUCCUGUACUGCAGCACAGACAUAUCAACCUUGAUUCGCUGGAGUCGGUUAUCACUUCAGGAAGACUUGAGCAGGACACAGAGGCAGGAGGGUAUGGCGCACUGAUAGUCACGUCACAGCGUGCAGUUGAGGCGCUCGGGGCAGUGCUUGAUAGAGUUAAAGAAAACUCCACAUGGGAGGCCAAAGUGACAUCUCUACUCGCAAACACAAUCGUCUACGUUGUCGGCCCCGCAACCGCUUCAGCGAUAACCAAACUCGGCUCUACAGCGUCCAACGUCCUCGGCGCUGAAUGCGGGAACGGUGAGGUUCUAUCUAAGUUCAUAGUCUCCUCUUACAACAAGCCCCAAAAGCCGAUCCUCUUCCUCGUGGGUGAGAUUCGCCGUGAUAUCAUUCCUAAGACACUUAGGGCAGCAAGCAUAGGCGUUGAAGAGAUGGUAAUCUAUGAAACUACUGUUGAGGAAAGCUUCCGGGAGAAGUUUACGCAAGUGGUAAAGGAGACGGACGGGAAUGGGAGUAUGAGAUGGAUCUGUGUAUUUUCGCCGUCAGGGGCUGAUGUGGCUGUUGAUGUUCUUAAAGAGCAUUGGGCAUCGGGGAAUGGAAGUAAGUCCUGCAUUGCGGCCAUUGGGCCGACGACAGAGAAGUGUCUAGAGGACGCAUUGGAUCGAAAACCAGAAGUAACAGCAAGGAAGCCAAGUCCCGAGGGCUUGUUGGAGGCGAUUACAGGAUUUAUGGAGACUCAGUCAUAA